CGUUCAAACAGGCAUUGUGGGGACAAGGGCGGAAUUGCGGCGGUUUCCGGAUCCCCUGGACUGGCCUGGAAGAAACUGAGAGCAGGAAGGAGAGGAGAAAAGUACAUUAUUUGUAUUCUUUCAUACGUUUACUCCGAGAUUUUUGGCAAGUAGCUGCAGGCAUGUCACAGUCGGGAGAAAAAGGCAAGGAAAAACUGUGUGGAAAGAUGCAUAUAAAUGGUUGUGUCCAUCAUUCUUCGUUUCUUACUUUCCCUGAGGCUGCAGGGUAUGUUGGCUUUGCCAACCUUCCCAACCAGGUACAUAGGAAGUCUGUGAAGAAGGGCUUUGAGUUUACACUCAUGGUAGUAGGAGAGUCUGGACUGGGUAAAUCCACCCUCAUCAACAGCUUGUUUCUGACUGACCUCUACCCAGAGCGCUACAUACCUGGAGCAGCAGAGAAGAUUGAGCGUACGGUGCAGAUUGAGGCGUCAACAGUGGAGAUCGAGGAGAGGGGGGUUAAGCUCCGCCUCACGGUGGUGGACACGCCUGGAUAUGGAGAUGCCAUCAACAGUCAAGACUGCUUUAAGACUAUCAUCCAGUACAUUGAUAAUCAGUUUGAGCGCUACCUGCAUGAUGAGAGUGGCCUGAACCGCAGACACAUCGUGGACAACAGAGUUCACUGCUGCUUCUACUUCAUAUCUCCAUUUGGACAUGGACUGAAGCCCCUGGACGUAGAGUUCAUGAAAGCCAUCCACAGCAAAGUGAAUAUUGUCCCUGUCAUCGCCAAAGCCGACACUUUGACGCUGCGAGAGAGGGACCGCCUCAAGCGGCGGAUCCUGGAUGAGAUCAGCGAGCACGGCAUCCGCAUCUACCAGCUCCCUGAUGCUGACUCGGAUGAAGAUGAAGAGUUCAAAGAGCAGACUCGUGUCCUAAAGGCCAGCAUUCCGUUUGCAGUGAUAGGCUCCAACCAGCUGAUUGAAGUGAAGGGGAAGAAGAUUCGAGGGCGCCUGUACCCCUGGGGUGUGGUGGAGGUGGAGAACCCUGAACACAACGACUUCCUCAAACUGCGCACCAUGCUGGUAACCCACAUGCAGGACCUGCAGGAGGUAACUCAGGACCUACACUAUGAGAACUUCCGCUCAGAGAGACUGAAGAGAGCUGGCAGAACGGUUGAGGAUGAAGUGCUAGACAAAGAUCAGAUCUUGCUGGAGAAGGAGGCCGAGCUGAGACGUAUGCAGCAGAUGAUAGCUCAAAUGCAGGCUCAGAUGAGGAUGAAGCCUGGAGAUGACUAAGGAAGAUGAUGUGUGUGUGUGUGUGUGUGUGUGCGUGUGUGUGUCUGUGUGUCAGUCUCUGUUUGUUUAUUGUACCAGGAGCUCCACCGCUCAGUCACUGCAGUCCUCCCUCUCUUUACUUUAAUGAUGGGUUCCUCAUACAUCUAUUACGGUUAAUAUUUGCCAUAUAUAUUUUGCAGUAUUUUUGCUGUCCAUACCAGGUAGAAUAAUUUCAAUCUGUGGGCCUGUUUACACUCUACUUUAACAUGUGCUUCAUGCCUGGAUGUACUUUGGCUGGAUUACAUUUACACUUUUCAUUGAAAUGCGUCCUCAUUUUGAUCAGAUGAGAUCUGGUUAUGCUUUCCCCACGUAAAAAGCACGUCAAUGGUAUCGGUUCUAUCGGUUUUAGUCUUGUUUACUUUUUUUUCCCCUGGCUUGAUAUAAGUCGACAAGGUUGGCUUGGACACUUUCAUCAGCCCAUUGUGCAUGAAACACAUUCCAUUCAUACUUGUGUUGAAUGUGGUCAAGAUCCGUCCCUGACCACCUCAGAAUGUGGUUUGAGUGAUCCCAUCGUAAUCUGAUCACAGUGUGUUCCGGGGCUUUUCAUGUGGCCAUGUGAACCCGGAAUGUGAUCAGGUCACCAAAAACGCAUGUUGAUGCAAGGUAUAAACAAGCUCUUUGACUCCAUGUCCUACCCAUGUUGACUGAUCGGGUUGACUAAACCAUUAUUUUGAUAUUUAUUAUUGAUUAUAUCUAUCAGUAUACUCCAUGUUGUGGGAUUUUUGUGUUUGUCAAUCAUGUCAAGGUGCAUGGAACAAUUUUAUAUUGCAAAUGAUAUAUCAUGGCAUAUGCUUUAUUAUUUUUAUAGACAUGGGAUACAUAUCAGUAAAACAUUGAGUAGUUUGCAGGUGCUUGCUGAGGUCGCACUGCCUUGCUUUCUGUGCUCAUUCUAAGCAGCUCAUGCCGUACCAGUCACCUCCAGUUCCUAAUCUCUUUUAUGUCCCAGUGGUGCCUGUUUGACGGAUGGUGGUUGAUGGGCGCUGAGAAAACAGUUAUAUUGUCUGGCCUCUUUCUCAGUAGGCUACUGUAUGCUCAAAGAGGGAAUUUACAACAUGUUUACGGUCAGACGACAAGAGAAUACAGGUUUAACAGCCUGCUUCAGAGACCUUAUUAAUGUGUGUAUGUGGGUAUGUGCUUGGGUGUGUGUAUAUGCUCCCCUAGUGAAAUACAAUCAUGUGCAUUCUGUGCUUAAUUCUUUAUGUAUGAGAUAAUACCCUGCAAGAAAAGAAGGCAUAGAUAGGUUAACAAUUAUAGCCACUUAACAAGGAAAAAAUCCAACCAGCCAUGUUCUUAGACAUACACCAUGUUCUUAGACGUACACCGUAUGUCCAAAACACUACUCCAGCUCUUCCACAAGGUACUGUAUGGAGCUCAGAACACUGUUCCACUGCUCCACAGUCCAGUGCUACGGGGCUUUAUAACCGUCUAGCUGAUGCUUGACCUUAGGCUCAUGUGUAGCUGCUCAAGAGUGUCCUAUUCUGUUAGUACUGCUUUUCUAUAAAGAUUAUACAAGCUCACACAACAGCCUUAUCAGCAAUAGGUGCACCUGAAAGUAGCUGAAUUCACUAAUUAGAAUGGGUGUCUGGAUACCUCUGGACAUACAGUGUACUUACGAUGUUACUUAAAGUUCUUGGACCAUGCAGCUAAAGGUCUGUAAUGUGCAGUGACUGCCACUAGGGGGCAAUAGCCUCACUUAAUUUCGGGACAGAAGAGAAUGAGGGAGUUUUCGGUAACACUUGAAUGGUGUCUGCAUUACACAUUCAUAACAUCUUACAGAAAUGCAUCAUAACUUGUUAAUGAAUGUUUGAGUCAACAUUUAUAAAAUAUACAUGUUUUACAUGUUUUAAUAUGGACGAUAUCAUUUUACUGAGAUACAUUUUUUCAAAAUGAAAGUAAAAUGCCUCAUUUCUGGACAGCCAAAAUAAAAAUGACUUCACUUUAUCCCUUUGUUCGUUAAGUGCUUUGACACUCAGGCACAUUUCAUCUAUACUUUCUUACUUACUUUUUAAUUAUCUUUUUUUUUUCUUAAGCAUUUGUUGCUUUACAUGUCACUUUACUACAUGGACAGUAAAUUACUUUUGAAUAUGCUUAGGAACAGUCAUUCAACUGAAUCUUAGUAUGAUGGUGUGCCUAAGUGUUAAAGCACUUAAUGACCAAAGGGGUAAAGCAAGGACAUUUUUAUUUUCACUGUGCAGAAAUGAGGCGUUUUACUGAAAAUAAUAGUUUUUCAAAAUAAAAAAUGAGAACGAUUUAAUAUUAUGUAAAACAUGUAUGCUUCAUGAAUAUAGGUUUAAAUAAAUUUAUGAACCUGUUAUGAAGUGUUUAUAUAAGAUGUUAUGAACGUGUUUUGUAGACGCCCUUCAGGUAAAUUGUUACCUAAUUUUUCAGAUGGAAUCAGUUUGUUCAGUCUUGUUGAAAUCCAGCCUUAUUUUGCAUGAGCGUGUUUUUCAGAACGAUUUUAAAGCUAUAUUUCCAUAUGGCGGAUAGGCUAGAGUCUAAAUGACUGCAGCCUUUGGGUAUUUAUUGGAGACUGAGUGUAUCAUGGCUGUGGUAUUUUUGAUGACAUAACACUUCAGGUGAUGAAAUUGAAUGGAAAUGUUUGUGCUAACGGUAGUAUGUUUUGAACAAAAGUGUCGGUGUGCUGUUACACACCCCUCCUUUCUUGAAGUCGCUCUUCAUGCCUUAAACAUCUUUCUUAAACACUAGUUUCUGUUCACUGUUUGUCCUUGCAUUUCUUCCUUUUGUGCGUGGAGUUUGAUAUUUUCUCACCAUUUUAUAUUUUUUUUUGCCUUAAUAUUCUACUGUAAUCUGCCUCUGCUGCAGUAGCAGUGCCUAAUUUAACUCUUACUUAGCAGCUUAUGGUUGUUGGUUUUGUUUAUCUACUUCUUACCUUUCCACUGAAUAUUAGAAGUUAAAUAGAGGUGUCAGAUGAAUAGGCACAUGCUUACACAUCCAUGUUUGCCUGUUUCGGUACAACAUCCUCCACCCUACAUCACUGUACUCAUUAGCCAUAUAUAAACACACUGAUUUUGUUUCUUAAUGUUGCGGCCCAGCCUUGUUAUUUUGGCUUGGCCAUCUCCUGUUUUCAGAUUAACUUUUUGUUUUGCAUGUCCACGGUACAAUAGGGCUCACUACUCUGUUUUAAAAUGUUCAUGCUCUUUUUUUUGUACUUAUUUUAAGAAAUAAAUCUAAAAGUUCUCUUAAA